AUGAUAGUGGUCUUUGGCAGCUCGAACGCCUUUGGACGCGACGUGAACGAGACGGAGAUGCUCAUGCUCGCUGGGACGGUCUUCGUGGUCUCUGUGCUUCUAGCGCUCGUGUACAAGCUGGCACGGGGCUGGGACGACCUGGAGAAGGACGACUAUGGCGCCAGCGUGCUGCCACUGCACGCACCUCGGGCAACGAAUCGCUGGGUGAGCAGCCGCAAGACGCACUUUGGACGCCUCGGCACAAUUCCGGAGAACGAGAUUUUCUUUUUCAGCUCCAAGAAGCGGUAG